AUGAUCAAGUUGCCGGACACAGGGAUGCAUGGUGCCGUCCACGGUGCAUUGCACGUGGAAACUGUCGAAUUCCCAACGAGGUUAAGUAUUAGGGAACUUCGCCCUCUCAUUGACCAUCCGCUUCUGGCACCAUCGACUUUGGAAAAGUCCAAUUCAUGGACGUUAAUAGUCAGAGGAGUCAUUCGGCAACUCCGCCAGAAAUCGCCAGUGGGCCUCCGACCACAAGCUACAUACACUCUCGUCAGAGUCGAAGCCAAAGUGCUACCUCAAGUCGAAACCGAAGCCGUAGUCAGGGUGCAGGUCGAAGCGCCGCUACCGGACGCUUUGUUCCAUACUCGCGCUCUGAAGGCCGAGAUCCCAAAAGUGGGUACAAAGCCAGUGAAGCCCUUGAGCCACUCUUGA